UUCGGCGUUGAAGGCAGGCGCGCAUUCGCAGUUCGGAUGUGGAUGACGAAAGGUUGUUAUGAUUUGCGCAGAUGGAUUAGCGUCGAAUAGGAUUAUAACCAGGAAAUGGAUGUGAUAUCGUAUGGGAAGACAGUGUAUUAGUGUUCAGUGAGCGUGUAUCAACGGUGUUAGAACUAUGGAGCAGUCUGGAAAAGAUGACCAUCAUGGCGGUGGCAAUCGCGAUGCAGAAAGCUAUCUCAGAAGGAUUAAAGCGGAAAUUAGGAAGACAAACAAACCUAUUAUGGAGAAGAAGAGACGCGCUCGAAUCAAUAACUAUUUGAAUGAUUUGAAAGCACUACUGUUGGAAGCUAUGAAAAAAGAUCCUAUCCGGCAUUCGAAGCUAGAGAAAGCCGACAUACUGGAUCUGACGGUGAAGCAUCUACAGGAUUUGGAGCGCCGCAAGUUGGCCAUCGCGAUGGCCGUCGAUCCGACCGUGGCGGAUAAAUUCAAAAGUGGCUUUAACGAGUGUAUCGAUGAAAUUGACAAGUACCUCAAUACUGUGCCGGGGGUAGACAGUGGAAUGAAAACGCGCAUUUCAAGUCAUUUGAAGAAUUAUCUCAGAUUCCAGAGAUUUCCUCAGUCGGGUGGAAUAGGGUCUGGCCGGUUUGGUGGCCUUUUCGCCAGAUCAACAGACGAGAUCAAUAACAAUGGGCGGCAUGCCAUGGAUGCAAUGUCCCUGAUUCCGUCAUUGUUGCCUAGUGGCGAAUUGGCAUUUAUAAUGCCGCAUCAGAGCAGUAGUGGUCUCCCAUUUUUUCCUCGAAUCUCCGUCGUACCAGGGGUACCCACCCGGCAUUUCAAACCAAUUCCUGAGGAGAAACAGCAGUACGAUCCGAGCCCACCAUUGAGCCCCGUCUCCGAUCAGGAAAGUAUAAUAGGAGAUCAGAAAACACCUCUGAUCAAAACGCGGCCUGCUCUAACGGAAAGUUUACUGAAUGCUUUUCCAACGCCUCCUACACCAGAUGAAAGUAAUCGGAUCUCAGCGUUUAGACCAAAUUUGAAAUUGAUCGAUAAAAUACGCUUGUGCCAGGAGGCGAAAACAUCGCAAGCAGACCAGCAGUUAUUGAAACGAAUGAAGGUAGAUAAAACAGAUUUGUCAAGUGAAGACGAAAAUGAACAUGAAGAAGAAAGUGAUGCUAAGGACCAAGUAGGCGGAGAUAUGUGGAGGCCUUGGUGAUUCUACUAAUCAAAAUAUUGUGAUAGAAGACAAUAUUCAAGCUCUAGUUAUAUAGACCAUUGUGACAGCUUUAAUAGUUCAUAAGUCAAUCUUUUACAAAUACAAUUCUACCUA